AAUCCAUCCUAGUCAGUUAGUUGGCCCCGACCCUUGGACAUGCAUCUUUAAUCUGUUCCAAGGCCUCACGGCCAAAAUCUCGUUGUCCUUCUUCCUUCACCAUCCUCAGAAGAAAAGCUCGAAUACGGUCUAUCCUGAUAUACUGGCGCCACGGUCCAUUUCGGUAGAUAUUGUAGCUGUCACAAAAGAACAGUAACUCAUUGCUUGCGAUCAUGAAGGAGUAUUUGGACUCAGAUCGAGUCAAUUUCUUGAUUUGGAGGUAUUUAAUAGAAGGCAAUUAUCGAGAGACAGCCGUCAAGUUCCAAAAAGAGUGGCACGUCCAGGAACCUCACCGACAGCUCGAUUUCGCGCAACAUGUCAAGAGUCAUGCACUAGUCAAUGUCAUAAACAAGGGUUUAUUGUAUAAUUCGCUAGAGAGAGAACAUGUGCAAUCACAACAGGUAUGUUAUUUACAAUUUCCCAAUUAUUCUUCGAUAUUUUGUAUUCUGUAUUCUGUAUUUUGUGUUAUGUUUUGUAUUUGUUGUAUUUUUUGUAUUUUUUGUAUUUUGCAUUUUGGUUGCGAAGUACCUCGUGAUGUCGCUACCACGGCGGCAUUGGCCGAGGCCCUGCAACUAGGGAUAUUUGGUCCACUACGUGCGCACCCGCCGCUUCACCAACAGGUACAGGAGCAGCUACGGAUUAAGGAAAUUGAGCAUGAUGAUGAGGCCGAUGCAGAGGCAGAUGCAGAUGCAGAUACAGCAGUAGCCGCACCAAGUACAUCUGGAGGUGAUGUAGAAAAUAGUCGAAAACGUCAAAUUGACAGGCAACCGCAGGCGUCGCUUCUGAAUGGUUCCCCAGCUAAGCGACCAAGACUGAGUAAUGGGUACGAAAAUGGGGUGGAUGCAGCCACAGCUCCAAUGGAACUUGACGGGCAGAACCACCAUGGCGACAACCAUGCUUACCCGUCUCCCCAAGAAGGCGAACAGGCAUCAACACCCACUCCCCGAACUGAUGGACCUGAGCAAGGCACUCAGGUUGAAAAGGUAGAAGAACUGACUACAGAAACUACCUUCCUACCCUUGGGUUCUAGCCUUGACGAUGCACCAACAUCCUCACCAACCACGGCAUUAGCAAGAAUUAAUAACGAGAGCGCGCCUGUGUUACUGCAUUGCCAGUGGCACCCCCAAGAUCCCACCAUCUUGGCGGCUGCUGGAACCGAUGCGCUAGCCCGCAUCUGGAACGUCUCUCGUGGAGCCAUAACCGACCCUGCAUCUGAUGGUCACGUGAAUGGCAUCUCGCCAAACUUCCAUACUCUGGUAGAAGAUGACAUACAGCCGAGAGCUACUGUUACUGCCAUGGCUUGGAAUUGGGAUGGCACUGCUAUUGCUAUUGCUACCGACUCGGAGUCCAAGGCUCGAAUUAACUUAUGGACCUUGGAAGGUACCCAUAUUCAACGCUUUGAAGUUGCUGAACCGCCUGUUAUCAAGCUUCGUUGGAACCCCAAUAACGCGGCUAUCCUAGGCAUUGCUCCCGACAACGGGGGUACUCUGAUAACAGUCUAUCAUGCUUUGACCCCGAACUCGAUGACUUAUUUCCUGCCCCGGCAUGAUCUAGAUUCCGAGCCGCUUGACGCAGCAUGGACCAGUGAAUCUGAUAUCAUUAUCUGUGGUGGCGAUUUAUUAAUGACCUUGAGAUGUGCUGAUGGAGAGAUUACCGAGCUGAGAAAGUUUGCAACCCGCGAGGGCGACAGUCUAACACAUGUGCAAUUUGAUUGGAGAACAUCGCUAGCAGCAACGUGUGGAGAGAAGGGAUUUGUCGAUAUCUGGGAUAACUCCGGUAAGCGACGUGAGAUAGAAGCUCACUGCGAUGCGGUCACAGCCCUAGCCUGGCAACCCCUACAACAGCCCCUUCCUUCUAACGAAGAGCGGCUUUUGGCUUCUGGUGGUGAUGACGGAGCCAUAUUCAUAUGGAAUGCUCUAGCCCCCGACGGGAAGGCAAAGUGUUCCAUGACCAUGGGUCCACCAAUCGUCGCAUUAGCUUUCACCCCUGAUGGUGCUUUCAUUGCUGGAGCUACGAACGAGAGGAUUUUAAUCUGGAAAGUCGGCGACCAUAGUAUUCCGCGAGCCAGUUGGAGUCGAGCGCCACACCCCGGUUGGCUUAGUCCGCGGAUGAACCCCGAGUCUGAUGAGGAAGAUGAGCAUUGCCUAGGUUGGGAUGCAACUGGUCAUAAACUCGCUUACGGAGUGAAUAGCCGACUUGCCAUUAUCAACUUCCGAUGAUCACUACGGGCUCUAAUUAUAUGAAUCUAUAAGACGAAUUGUCAAGCCACCUGUCCCCUCCCAGGCUGUGGCUAAGAUGAGAGAGUCGUGGUGUGUUGGGAUAUAUAC